AUGGGUAUGCUAUGCAAGUGUCCAUACCCAGGAUAUAUCAAGAUAUGUUUGUUUGUGCAUCAGAUUAAAACAUCGUCCAUCGUUAGAGUUUAUAAUUUACAUGUUAGAAAAAGUUUAAAAUGCCUUCUAAAUAAACCAAUUGUUAAGGAUAUCCCAAGAAAAUGUGGCGUUCCUAGAGAAGUUUUAAAAUGGAUUCAAAGCUUAGAUUUAACAUAUCCGAUCAAGAAUACAAGAAGAGAUCUAGCAAACGGGUUUCUUGUUGCUGAAAUCUUUUCUUGGUAUUUUCCCAAAGACAUCCAGAUGCAUUCAUAUGAUAAUGGAACUUCACUGCCAACUAAACUUGGGAACUGGUCACAACUUGAAAGAUUCUUUACAAAGAAAAAGCUUGACAUCCCAAAAGAAAUGAUAGAUGGGACAAUACAUUGCAAACGUGGAGCAGCAGAAUUGCUCGUUCAAACCAUUUAUUCACUUUUAACCAACAGAUUGGUUCGAACUCUAACUUCCGAACAAGAAGUCGAUUUCACAGAUCGUAAAUAUCAGGUUCAUCUCCCAAUGCAUGCUCGAUCCACUGCCUCCCAUGCAAUCAAGAACAACUUGAAGAUAACUGAGUGCAUGACUGAACCCAACAUCAUCACCAACAAACAAAAAGCACACGCGAUAAUAAAUCGUCACCUUGAGCAUCGUAACCUUGAUAGAAUGGAAGAUCCAACCAGGUUCAAUAUUCGACCAACCAUUGGUGAGCUGGCAGUCAGGUUGGCUCCAUUACAAGGAGAUGAAGCAUCCAAUGAAGUUUGGUCAAGUGAACAAAAGAAAGAUUCGCCAUUCAGUGCAGCUGGUAGAGAGCAAAAAACUAGCAGUGUUCAAUUCAGGGAAAUCCAAGUUCAACAAAUGAAUAAAUCUUCACAAAUGUCGGUGAAACCAGGGAGCAUACAUACCAUACAGACACCUGUGUUCACACAGUAAACAAUAAACAGUGGCAUCUAUACAUUAUAGUGGGGUGGGGUAAGAUGGGACUUUUUAUUCUUUUUUCACAUCCCAUGUAGUAGCAAACAAAGAAUUUUAAUUCAAUGAUAUGGAUUCCAAAAGAACAUUAUUAAUUGUUUAAAACCAGAUUACAAAAUUUAGGAUAAUAUACGCUAACAGUAUCCUAUCUUGCCCCACAGUACUGUAUUCUCUAUAAUCACUGUACCCUAUCCAUACCACCAACUCUACUAUUCAAAGUGUAUUUUGUGGCUAUAAAAUCAACGAUUACAAAAAUAUAUGUCAUGAUAUA